AUGGUGUUGAAAGAGAAUGCUCCGCUGUUUGUGUAUGGUACCCUCCAAUACAAGCCAAUUUUGUUAAGAGUUCUAGCUGCCCAGGGACUGGAACACUGUGAAGGGUCCAUAGAGCACCUGAGGUUCUCACCGGGCUCGCUCUACGGGUUCAAGCGGUUUGCAGUGUCUAACGAGGCAUACCCUGCGAUAGUGGCCGACGCGUGCGGCGUGGUUGACGGGACGAUAAUCGAAGGGCUCGGCUCCAGAGAAAUGGAGUUGCUUGAUCGCUACGAAGGCGAGGAGUAUGAGAAAGUCAGCGUAUCGGUGUCGAUAGCCCAGCACAGCAACGCCAGCAACGCCAGCAACGCUGGUGGAAGUGCGGAUCCUCAGGUGAAGUGCGUUGUGUAUGUCUGGUGCGAUGAUGAGAAUCGCCUUGUUAAGGGACAGACAUGGACUUUGGACGCGAGAACCAUGGAAGACUUCCUAGAGGAGAUUUAG